AUGGCUGAUACUAAUGAAGCCACGUUGAAAGAAUUGGAAAAAAGUUACUGUCCGCCCCUUGAUCCUGCCUUGUUCACGGCGAUAGUCUUCGACUAUGACAUUACAGACUCGGCGCAGCUCCAGCAACUGCACGAUACACUGGAUGCGCUCAAAUUGUCUGCAUGGGAGCAGGAAGACCUACCCUUCGACCCUUCAGGGACGAGCGGACUGAACUCGACUGGAGGGCUAGAUUCGGAUCCAAGCUUGUCCCAGGCCGAUACAACCCCUUCGCGCGGAACCGAUGCGACAAGUGAAUUCUCGGCCCUCAGCCUUAGCGAUAAGAGUCGUUCAACAUCUUCACCCCAAAUCGCAUACAUAGUAGGCCCAGAUGGGUCGCUUUUGCUUUCAGGUGCUACUGAGGAAGACAAAAUAUUUCAUCUCAGUGAAAUGUUCCCAACUACCGAGCGCUUCACAAUCCAGCAUACCUUGAAGAAGUCGAAUGGCGACGUUGAUCGAUCUAUGGAUGUCCUGCUCAAUCUCGCCUUUUUCGAGGAUGAUCAGCUUGAUGAAGAAGGUGUGGCAGUCACCGUACCUAAAGGCGUGGAAGGGUUUGAGAACGGCGAUGCUGGCCCGAAGAAGGGUCGGAAGCGCAAAGGGAAGAACAGAAACGGUAAAAACCGAGACACUGGUUCACCUGCCGGUUUUGAGAGUGAGCCUGUGAUGUCUGACACGGGUGUUACUGUCAACAAAUGGGAUGCUGCUCAAAAGGACGUUGACUUCAUUUGUGCUCGAACUUUUCCUAUCCUCAAAAAGGAAACAGUCACGUCGACCUACCAUGCGAAUGGAGCCUCUUUGUCUGCCACUAUACAACGCCUCGCGAACUCAUAUGCCCCUAGCGACAAAACGUCAAUUACUGAAGACCCGGUCAUGGCCAGCCAGAUUGAUGAACUGACACAGGAUUAUCCGGAAAUCACACCGGAACUUCUUUUCGGCUUACUGAAAAUCACGAGAAACUCGAUUUCGGCCGCACAUGAGUUGGCGAAAGCAUACAUGGCAACCCCGGCACCACGAUCAGCUGCUGAGUUGAUCAAAUUCACCACCUCGCCUCCUCCACUUGACGUGGAAGUCGAGGAAGCGCCCAAGCGACGCACUGCGGGAUCAAGAUCUUCUCGGGGGUAUGAGCAAACGUCCACUUCUGCAGGAUACCACUUUUCUGCCGGUGCAGAUGCGCUCACCAAGGCGUCUGCAGCCUACAGGCGCGGCAAGUCAGAUAAAUUGAUGGGCGGAGCUGCCGCGUACUAUGCUUCUGUUGGUCGUGACCAUCUCGAGCGCGCAAAGAGAGAGGCUGCCGCGUCUGCUGAUGCACUCGCUGACCGGCAGGCAACGUGGAAUUCAGUCGAUUUGCAUGGUGUCUCUGUACAGGAUGCCGUCCGCAUAACAAGUGAGCGCGUCUCUGACUGGUGGGAAUCGCUCGGGGAUUCCAAAUAUAUGAGAGGAAGCGAUGGCGAGGCAGCUCGUGGUGGCUAUCGUAUCAUCACUGGCCUGGGUCGUCACAGUCACGAUGGGACUUCGCGCCUAGGGCCGGCUGUCGCGAAGAUGUUAACACGCGAGGGCUGGAGAGUGGAAGUUGAGCCGGGGGCAUUGAAAGUUGUAGGAGUUGUCCGGCGCCGUUGA